GUGUACUGAAUAAACAUGUAUAACCAGUCUGGAGACUGAGAUUGGCUGGAAGGUGGUCACGUGACCUACAGACUGUCGCUUGUUCCGCAGAUCUGUGACGUUGGCAUGGCAACUUGAAAUCAAACCGCGCGAAGAAAAAUGAGUAAAGCUACCUCCAUAAAAGAGGCUCUAAAAAGGUGGGAGGAUAAAAAUGGGUGCAGUGCUUCUGAUGCAAAAGAAAUUCAACUCAGCUUUCAAUGGCCACCAAUCGAAAAGAUGGACAAUUCCCUUGCCGUUUUAGCCAAAUGCGAGAAACUGUCAAUAUCAACAAAUAUGGUUGAAAAGAUUGCAGGUCUCAACUCAAUGAAAAAUCUAAGAAUUUUAUCACUGGGGAGAAACUAUGUAAAAUCUUUGGCAGGUUUGGAAGGUGUGGCUGACACAUUGGAGGAAUUAUGGAUUUCUUACAACUUGAUAGAAAAAAUGAAGGGAAUAAACGUGUUAAAGAACCUUAGAGUUUUAUACAUGUCCAACAACCUCAUCAGAGAGUGGGCAGAGUAUGUGAAACUAGCCGAGAUUCCUUCUCUGGAAGAACUAUCGUUUGUUGGUAACCCUCUCCAAGAGACCUGUGAGGAGGGCACUUGGCGCACUGAAGCAGCAAGAAGGCUGCCAAAUUUGAAAAAGCUAGACGGAGAACCUGUCAUCCGAGAAGAAGGGGUUGAGGAGCAAGCAGCUGCCCCUCCAGCACAAGUACAGCAAUGA